AAUCUGUGCUUUAUUGUUAAACAACAACAACUUUCAUUCACAAACAUGCCUUUUUAAUACCAAAGUUACCGGGGGGGGGGGCAAACUUUACACUGUCACCAGGCAUGACUGACAGUCUGACCAUGGUCUGACCAUGGAGCUAUACGAAAGGAAUUUAAUUUACGACAAUAACAGUUAGUUUUUCCAUGGAGGAUUUGGCAAUCAACUUUUGACUCAAAAUGUCCAUUUGCUCCAUUAAAGUUCAAGGCAGUUGGAGUUCUGUAUGGAGUUACCAGCGUGUGUGUGGGACAUCCUUUUGACACCAUUAAGACGAAGAUGCAAGCCCAGGCUGGCUUUGAGAAGGAUGGACUCUUCAGAACCCUCACUAAAACCUUCAAAACGCAGGGUAUCAUUGGAUUCUACAGAGGCUCUAUUCCUGUGCUGUGGGGAUCGGGCAUCUACAGGUCCACUCAGUUUGGAGUUUUUGAAUCUGUAUACACCUUCCUAGAUAACCCAUUUUGUAAAUAUGAAAUCCCUCUGACAGGAGGCUUACAAGUGCGAGUGUUGCUGGCAGGUGCGUGCGGCUCAACAGCCAGGGCUAUCAUUGAGUCGCCUCUAGAACUUGCAAAGAUCCGAAGACAAACCCAGCAGACCUGGCAGUUUAGAGGGCUUUAUAAGGGUUUCGGUGUCCACUGGUGUCGGACGAUGGGCCUGAUGUGCACCUACUUCAUCCUGAUUGACACCCAGAGGCGACACUUCCCCCAGGUCUUCAACACCAGCGUCAUCGGCCCGUUCCUUGUCUCGGGAACAGCUGCAACAUUAGCUUGGUGGAUCGUCUGGCCCCUGGAAUACAUGAAGUCACAGGUGCAAGGAAACUAUGGAAAGGAUAUGCCCGUCUUGACCCGGAUGCGACUGGUCAUCAAGGAGCGAGGGGGUUUCCUGGCCUUGUAUCGGGGCAUCGGACCGGGCACCAUCCGCAGUUUCAUCUCCAACGGUACCAGCAUGAUUGUCAUGGCCAACGCACAGAAGAAGGUGUCCGAGUGGGGCUUACGAGGGUAGCAGUGGAGGCAGCAGGGAACCGGUGAAAUAUCCUCCGUGCUCUGUCCGGCUUUGUAACUGGCUUAGUGGCUACUUUACUAUAACGGUCAUACUUGCCAGUUAUGAUCAUUUUUAUAUAUGCUAUAACACAUAUAUUGAAUAUUUUGCCAGGACAUAUUUUCAACAGAGAACUUUUUUAUUUUUGAAGCGUGCAUUUUUCUCUUUAAAAUGUGAAAGGUUUGUGCAUGAAACGUUAGGACUAGCCUAACUGACAAUGAGACAUAAACAAAGAGUUGUGCCGAUCUGUUGAUUGAUCUGUGAACAAAACUUGCCAAAAAACUGUAGGCGAGCUUUCCUCCGAAUCCACAAAAUAUGCUGAAAUAAGAAAGUGGUAUAGUUUUGACAGCAAAUGCUAGUCAAACAGAAGAUGGUUGACUUCUUGCAAAAUCUACGAAGUACACUGAAAUAAAAUACGUACAACCAACUGUCGUCAAAACAAAAUUGCAGAGACCAGUCAAAUUACUCUUUGUAACUAAAAACGUCUGGUAAAAAGACUGGAGUAAAUCAAGAAAAACAAAAAAGAAUUCAGGAUAUUGGGACCCUCAGACUUUGCUCUGCAUAACAAUAAUAGAGGUUAUGCAUGGCAGCCAUCUCUGUGGGAAGCACUUUUGUGACGGAGGAAUAGCACAAAAGGUCUACUCACAGUUAUCCCUGUGGAACAAAAACUCCAAUGGCCGCCAUGCACAACCUCAUAUAUGUUAUAAGAGGGGUGUUUACAUUGGGAGUCAACUGCAGUUGGAAUUAUGCCUUUAGACAGGCUAGGAUGGUCCACUUCUGACUCAAUAUUCACAGUAAUUAUUUAUUUAUUCAGAGCAUUUAUUCAACGCAGUCCUUUGAAGUUUACUGUGACACCUAAAAAGAGUUUGAGCAUUUUGGAUCACACUUUUCCGUCACACUCUAUACUGAUAUUUCUCUCCACAGUGACCACCUGUUUUUGUUAUUGUUGUUAAGGUGCCAACCGGUUUUCAUAUAUUUUGCUUUAAAUUUUGCUGGUUUAUUGUUUAGUUUUGUUUUCCUUCAUAUCAACUUGGUAUUCAGUAUUUUUAGAGUUCUUUCUGAUGCAGGGCUAGGUUAUUGCACUUUUUGGCAAUGCCAAGCAAAAUGAGAAGUUUUCAUCACCGAAUUCAUUAUUAUUUGUAACUCAUGAAUAAACAUGUUUUUAAAAAGUAAAGAAGAGUAACAGAUAGUACCAUUAUCUUUUAAUUCCACUUUAAUUUUUGUGAACUACUUUUUAUGUAUGAGUCAUGAAUAAUAAUAAGUUCAACAACAAAAGAAUUAUCUCCACUUUCGUUUGGAAUUGCUUAAAAUAAAUUUUAGUUUGCUUUUUUUCCUGUUCCCUUUGACUGUUUUUACAUUUCAUUAUGUUACUGUUAGAUUUGUUCCCAUUACUCCUUGUCAGGGUACUUAAAAAUUGAUUUUCCUUCCCCAUGAGGUAUUUUUAAAUAUUGUGAAACUUGCACAGAGACACUAAAGGGUAACUGUAUUGUGACAAGCAGUAUUAUGAGGAAAAAUUUCUGAAAUUCUUCUGUGCUGUUGACUAGAAGUAGGUAGGAAUGAAAGGGUACGAAUACGAAUCAGUUUGAUUAUCAUGAAAGAUAAAUUGCAUUAAUGCAUUCAUGUAAAUAAAAGAGCAUUUUGUUUCAAGAAAUUUUUUAUAUAAUAUUAUGUAAUGGUUACAAAAGCUAGAGAUGUUACUGCAUAGUGACCAGUGGCGUAACUACGGGGAGAGGGGGAGCACGGGGAGGCUUCUGCCCCCCUCCCACGGAGGCCCAAGCCCUCCCCCGGGUGCCCCCCCCAUUUGAAAUUUUGAAAUGAACAAAAAAACAUAUAUACCUAGUUCAAUUCUUUUCAGUGCCACCUGAAAAAAAAUUUGUACCCCAGGUGCCCCCUCAACUGUAGCACCCUCAAAUGUAGCGCCUUAGUUACGCCACUGAUAGUGACUUAAUUUUGGAAAUCAUGAUAUGCAAUGUUGGAUGUGGGUCUAAUGUUCAGGAACUUAAGCAGCCUUUUGUAGUUCCCUGUCUUGUCUUGCUGGAAUUAGUGAUAUUUGAGUUGUGAUUGUCAUGGAAACAGACAUGGUACUGAUGAGACACUGCCUGUACAAAAGCAUGCCGAUCAGGCCCAUGUGAUGCAUUUGUUUGGAAUUUUCCUUCAUUUUCAGCUGACCGUGGGAUUAGUUGAACUGAGGCUGCAUCCGAAUCUCUUGUCUAGAGCUAGGUCUAGGUCUUCACUCCAUUAGAAAUGCAUGGAGAAGCAUAGACGAUAGACCUAGCCGAAGUUCUGGAAGCCCAUUUCGGACACGGCCUGAGACUCCACAGAUAGCCUUUUUGGAGCAUCUGUAUGUCAUCUGACUGUGUCCGAAUGAUAAAGCAAUUUGCAGAGUCCUAGUUGCUAAGACUGGUAUGGGAGCAGCAAGUGAAAUAAAGUGUUCAACUUCAGCUUAACCUCAGGCCUGUUGGUUGCACACGGAUCUGGAUCUCCGUCAGUGAUCCCAAACUUUGGUUCGCACCAUCCAUGAGGCAGGAUCUGAUGCUAAUGAACCAGUGAUGCAUCACUGAUUGCGAUCAAGAUCUACGUGACGCAAGCAAGCCUGUCGUUUCAACCCCAGUGCAAUUUCUCUAUUCCAAGUUAACUUUUCUUAUCAAAAAUUCUUUAAUUUUUAAAAUGCAGUCUCCUCCGCUCGAAGUGGAAGUAACUGUAGAAAAUUUGCUAGAACUUUCUGACAUUUACUUGAAAAUUACCUUUCCAAUAUUGUCUCAUUUCCCCAAUGAUUGUAAUGCAGAGUAUCUAAGUCACAACUUCUUGCCUACAAGUGUAGCUGUCUGUCAAUUAACUACUGAACUUGUAUAAUGCUGCACUGUGUAAGACAUCUGUACUAGAUUAUAUAUUAGAAGUAUACAUUGGAGUUAAUCAUUGAUUUAGCUUUCUUGUCAUUGUUUUUCUCCAUGAGUGGAUCCAGAUUUAUCGGAGCCCCUCAGCUCUUAUGUCCAGUUAUUGCGGACAGGCAUGCAUUACAUUGUUACUGAUGUACAACUAACCACCAGCGACAGAAUUUGUUUUAAAGUGGGGGCCCAGUUAUUAGACCAUAAGGCAUCAGCUUUUAAUAAGCCAAUCCAUUGAUCCCCACCCCGUAUAGGACCUGCAAAAAGUGGGGGCCAACCCCCCCCUGGUCGAAAAAGUGAGGCCCCCUGUGUUUGCAUGACAUGUUAAUAACCUUACAGACUGUUUUUUUUUUAUUUUUACUACGAUUGUCAUUUCAGUUUCAUGAAGUCAUUCUUUUUUUUUUAUUUGACCUUCACCUAUCCACAGCUGUUCUUUGAAAUAUUUCCUACUUGAAAAAUUUAGCUUCCCAGGAAUAUUUGAGAAUUGUAAAAUAGCGUGAGCAACAUUGACUGUGUGUGUACAUAUGGAAAGACCAGUUGUUUAUUAAAGCGAGAGAGAAGAAAGCUA